AUGGACGCGGCUAGGUCUUUCAUACGCGAAUGCGUCGCCGCCGGCAAACCAACUCUCAUCGUCCCGGACAAGGACGCAGACGGUUUAACAUCCGGCGCGAUCUUGCACCGCACCCUCAACCUCCUCGGCCUGGAUUCUUCCCUUAUCUCAUCAUACCACCCCCCGAAAGGCACCACGAUCCACGACACCUCUGCGCGUCAAGCCAUGUCAUCGAGUAAUCCGUCAUAUAUCUUCGUCUUGGACCAAGGAUCUCGUGACUCGCCGCCCCUCAUAGAUGGACCUCACCGGGGGAUAGUCAUAGACCAUCAUCACGCCCUCGAGAACGACCACCCAAAGGACUCACUUCACGUCACGGCCUGCAACUCGCCCCCGGUAGCCACCAGCUCACUUCUCACUUAUCUCAUCUGCAGAGAACUACACGAUGGUGUUGAAGCGGCUUGCGACUGGCUCUGCGCCAUGGGAACUCACGGCGACCUCGGCAACACUCUCAAGUGGGAGCCGCCAUUCCCCGGCAUGAAAGCAACCUUCAAAACGUAUACCAAAAAGGCGAUUAAUGAUGCCGUCUCGCUCAUCAACGCCCCGAGGAGAACACCAUCAUAUGAUGUCCCGGGAGCGUGGGACGCUCUGCUUGCAGCCAACUCUCCCAAGCACCUUCUUGACAACAAGACGCUGCUGGCGGCGAGAGCGGAGGUGAAUGCGGAGGUGGAACGCUGCACCCACACACCGCCCAAGUUCUCCUCCGACGGGCGGAUAGCCGUCUUCCGGAUCAAUUCACAGGCUCAGGUCCAUCCCGUCAUAGCCACUCGCUGGGCGGGCCACCUCAACUCCUCAAAGUUGGAGGUCGUCCUGGUUGCGAACGAGGGGUAUCUUCCCGACAUGGUCAACUUCUCGUGUCGCAUACCGCGAUGUGCGCGGUCGAACGAUCCGCCUGUCAACAUCAUCGAAGUGCUGAACGAUGCGGCCGCAAAGGCUGAGAAUGAGACGUUGAGGGAGAGGCUGGGGACUUCGUUCGCGAGGGGCCACAAAGAAGCGAGUGGGGGCAUCGUUCCGAAGGCAGAGUUUGAAGAGCUGAUGGCAGUUCUGGAGGUUGGGAAGAAGGUCGAGAGGGAGUCGCCGAAGAAAGCAAAGGAGAAGCCGGGGCAGGCGAAUACGUUGAUGAACUACUUUGGGAAGAAGUAG